UGGCCUUGAAUGUCUCCAGGGGUGGUGUACCCGCCACCUCUCUGGGCAGCCUGUGCCAGUAUUUCACCACCCUCAUUGUAAAGAAUAUGUACAGAAAAAUGUCUUCAUGUACAGAAAAGCAGUUUCCCCAGUCCUUUGGUACUGUCAGUAAAACAGAAUCACCACUGUAGCUAAGGUGAUUAUAAACAUGGAGAAGUGAUGUUAGGAGACUGCGUACAAUGGUCCCUGAGUUUUUGAAUGUUAUAUAGCAACUGUUAAGAAAGAGUCAGCAGGAUAUGAUUAGCUGAGUAUCCACAGACCACCAGCAAAUGCUGCAUAGGCAAAAUACAAGGUAACAAGCAGGAUAAACAGGCAGAAUUAAAAACAAAAAAACACAAACAAACCACAAACAAAACAAAACCCAACCAAACAAAAGUUACUUAUUUUAAAGUGCGAAUCAAAGACUGACAGUGACAUUCCUGUUUCUUCACAGCCGAGAUGAAGGGGCUGAAUGAGAUGCGCAACUAGUAAGUAUGGUUUAGAAACAAGUAAGAUACUUGGAAAAUUUUAAAGUAAAAUGUGCUGAUUUUCUUCUUUGUCCCCCCACUUCUUGUCUUUCAGACAGCUUCUUCCAUGUUCUAGGCUUGGUACUGUCACUGACCUCUUUGGUGUACCCAUAAGCAAUUUUCUUCCCCUUCACUUUCCCAUCUAAAAUGGUUUCCUGCAUUCUACAGGUAAAUUUAAUUAACACAGGCAAAAGGGCCUCCAGUCUUUGGAGAGAAUUUGAAGAAGUCUUGACUGAAUGUUUCUGAGCGUUGUGCUGCUUCUAGCUGCUCAGCAUGUCUUGGCUGAUCCAACUCUGCAUACUCUGACCAUGAGCAGCAAUUCUUCCCUCAGCAAUGUGAAGGGCCUGAGGAAUCUCACCUCGCAGGAAGACGGGGCAGUCAGAGUCACCGAGUCCAUUGCUAUAAUCGUCAUUGCUAUUUUCAUCUGCUUGGGCAACCUGGUGAUUGUCAUCACCCUGUAUCGGAAGUCUUACCUUCUCACGUUGAGCAACAAGUUUGUAUUCAGCCUGACCCUCUCCAACUUUCUGCUCUCUGUACUGGUGCUACCUUUUGUUGUCACCAGCUCCAUCAGGCGAGAAUGGAUCUUCGGAGUUGUUUGGUGCAAUUUCUCAGCACUGCUCUACAUGCUGAUCAGCUCAGCCAGCAUGCUUACUCUUGGACUCAUAGCUGUAGACCGGUACUAUGCUGUCCUGUACCCAAUGAUUUACCCAAUGAAGAUAACAGGCAACAGAGCAGUGGUAGCUCUUGUGUAUGUGUGGCUACAUUCCCUUAUUGGCUGCCUCCCUCCACUUUUCGGUUGGUCAUCUUUGGAGUUUGACCAGUUCAAGUGGAUGUGUGUGGCAGCCUGGCAUAAAGAGGCUGGAUACACUGCCUUCUGGCAGAUCUGGUGCGCAUUGCUGCCUUUCAUGGUCAUGAUGAUCUGCUAUGGAUUCAUAUUCCGAGUGGCAAGGAUUAAGGCCCGCAAAAUCCACUGUGGUAGUGUCAUCAUUGUGGAGGAGGACUCCCAGAGGAAUGGGAGGAAGAACUCCAACACUUCCACAUCCUCUUCAGGCAGCAGAAGGAAUACUUUCCAAGGGGUUGUCUACUCAGCCAACCAAUGCAAAGCUUUCAUAACCAUCUUGGUUGUCAUCGGUGCUUUUGUGAUUACAUGGGGGCCUUACAUGGUAGUAAUUACAUCAGAAGCACUUUGGGGAAAGAAUAGUAUUUCCCCUGCCUUGGAGACAUUAGCUACAUGGUUGUCCUUUUCCAGUGCCAUUUGCCAUCCUCUAAUUUAUGGACUGUGGAACAAAACAGUACGCAAAGAACUACUAGGAAUGUGUUUUGGGGAUCGGUAUUAUCGUGAGACCUUUGUUCAGCGGCACAGAACAUCAAGGUUAUUCAGCAUUUCCAACAGGAUCACAGAUUUGGGGCUAUCUCCUCAUCUCACUGCCCUCAUGGCAGGUGGGCGGCCAUUAGGAAACAGCAGCAGCACAGGAGACACAGGUUUCAGCUGCUCACAGGAUUCAGGAACAGAGACAAUGCUUCUUGAAGAUUAUAGCUCAGAUAGCACUCAAGCCUCACACUGUGUCUGUCCUCCUCGAAGGAGGAGUUCAGUGACGUUUGAAGAUGAAGUAGAGCAAAUUAAAGGUGGGUUUAGGGAAUCUGCAAAGAAUUCUGUUCUUCAUGUAAAAGCUGAAGUCCAUAAAUCCCUGGACAGUUACGCAUCCAGUUUAGCAAGAGCUAUUGAAGCUGAUGUGAAGAUCAGCUUGUUUGGGGAAGAUGCUUUACCAGGAGCUCUGUUCCCUGCCCGGACUCUGCCAGGAAGCACUGUGAACACACGGCGUGGCGUCCGGCCCCAUGCUAGCCAGAGACUUAAGUUGCAGAGCAUCGAUGAAGGGACUAUUUGACAGGAGCACUGGCGUAUGAAACCUGAAAGAAACCACUAAGUGGGACCUACUACAGCUGUUGGUGUUUCAACAGAACCAGGGCCUGCUUCAAAACAAGCUGAGCAAACCUGAGUAUUUCUGAAUGUAGGAAGAGCACAUCUGAGUACCUGUCCACGUGGGGAAGCCAGUGGUAGCCCCAGAAUAAUGUGGUUUAGGAGGAAAAAUGCCAAGGCUUGUGCAAAAGCACAAAGUUGUGAGUAUUUUGUUAGAAGCUUGGUUUUUUACAGAGGUACUGAGUCAAAUUCAGCUGAAGCUGUGCCAGUUUACACCGUGGCUGAAUUUGGCUGUCCCUGUUAAUAUCUCUGACCCCUUACUUAGUGUAAAUGUUAAUAUUUUUGUACAUGCAUUACAACCUUUCCCUAAUUCUGUUACUACCACAGUCGCUAUCGCACUUGAAUUGUCACUGACAAAAGCAGUAAGUAAGAAAUACACACAUUUUGUAAACAUGUAUUUCCCAUCUUAAACACAACGCAAAAGAAAAGCAAAACUAUUUCCA